GCGGGUGACAGUGUCGUGUGGAAAGGAAGCGGAGAGGAUCUUACUUCGACAAAACGGCAUCCUCUUUGAAGGCAUCGAUAAUAUUCUCAAGCCUACUACUGCUUUGAACCGACCAACGUUGAAUUUUUUACCUAGACUUUUUAACCUAAUAGACCUUUGCUGUAAGACCACUCCGACGGAAAAUGCCUCGCAUUGAAAAUGACAUUAAGCUCGACUUCAAAGACGUACUUCUUCGCCCAAAGAGGAGCACACUCAAGUCCAGGAGUGAGGUGGACUUAAUGAGAAGCUUUACCUUCCGAAAUUCAAAGGGCAGCUACACAGGGAUCCCCAUCAUUGCUGCCAACAUGGACACGGUGGGGACGUUUGAGAUAGCUGGUGCUUUACAAAGGUUUAGCCUUUUUACUGCAAUCCACAAGCACUACUCUGUUGAUGACUGGAAGGAGUUUGCAAAGACUCACCCAGAAUGUAUUGAGAGUGUAGCUGUUAGCACAGGCACUGGUGAAAGCGAUUUUGAGAAGAUUUCAGCCAUUGUAGAUGCAGUGCCCCAGCUGAAGUAUAUAUGUGUAGAUGUGGCCAAUGGAUACUCUGAACACUUUGUCCACUUUGUCAAAGAUGUAAGAGAAAAAUUCCCGUCACACACCAUUAUGGCAGGAAAUGUAGUAACAGGAGAGAUGGUAGAGGAAUUGAUCCUGGCUGGUGCUGACAUAAUUAAAGUGGGCAUUGGACCAGGAUCUGUGUGUACAACCCGCAAAAAGACAGGAGUUGGAUAUCCUCAACUAAGUGCUGUAAUUGAAUGUGCAGAUGCAGCUCAUGGUCUGGGCGGACAUAUUAUUUCUGAUGGAGGAUGCACUUGUCCUGGAGAUGUUUCAAAAGCUUUUGGUGCUGGUGCAGACUUUGUAAUGCUUGGUGGUAUGCUUGCUGGUCACAUAGAGAGUGGUGGUGAGACUAUUGAAAAGAAUGGGAAGAAAUACAAACUGUUUUAUGGAAUGAGCUCUGACACUGCUAUGAAGAAACAUGCAGGCGGUGUGGCAGAUUACAGAGCUUCAGAGGGGAAAACAGUGGAGGUUCCAUUCAAAGGGCCUGUGGAUGAGACGAUUAAGGACAUCCUGGGAGGUGUCCGAUCCACAUGCACAUAUGUUGGAGCGGGGAAAUUGAAAGAGUUGAGUCGCAGGACAACCUUCAUCAGAGUCACCCAGCAGCUCAAUACUGUUUAUGGCAAUAGUUAAAUGGUUUGAAACACUUCUUAUGGAGUGACCACCCCCUGGUUCCGGAAGUAAAGUACCCACUGAAAAAAUUAAGUUUGAAAGCUUGCUUAGGGCUAAUCAGCUAUGUGGUAACUAAUGACCAAAAGACCCAUAAUUAAAAAAAAAAAUCAGUUUCUGAAACUUUAUAAACUGCUAAGUUAUUAAAGUGUUUCAAACAUGCUUUUUAGACUUAAAACAAUUUUAAUUAUUUGAAAUAUUUAUGGGAAAAAUGAAUGGAAAAUUUACUUCCAGAACCAGAGCUUCGAAGUGGGCGGGGCUGUUGACAUGACAUCAACAGUUAUGUUAACUGUCAUGCCAACAGACACGAGCUCUAUUGUCAUGUUAAUGGAGCUCAUGUAUGCACACAUUCCCUUUACUUCUAAUUCCUUAUAAUAUUUAAAGCUAAGUUGCCUUUAGACUUCAGGGUCCAAAGACUGGUACAGUGGUUCUUAACCUGGGUUCGAUCAAACCCAAAGGGUUCGGUGAGUCAGUCUCAGGGGUUCAGCAGAGGUCAAGACACACACCUGACUCAUGAUUCGCGGACUGCGAGUGUCUCCAGACGUAGGCCAUGUCCCAAUUCUACAAAUGCACCCUUUGAUGUGCCUAUCGAAGUACCUGCCCGAUUUAAAUGAAAUGGCAUAAAAACAUAAAACAACAUAAAAAUGAAGAAAAGGAACAGACUUUGCUGUGAAAAUGAUAUGAGAGUGGCCAAGGUGAAGCCAUGCAUUUCUGAACUGGUCUCCCAAAGGCAACAGCAGAAGUUGCACUGAUUUGCAGUAAAUAUUCAUUAUUAUUCUAGCCUGAUGGAAAUUAGGUGAUGGGUGUGUGUUAAAAUGUUCAAAAUAAUAAAUAGCAUAAAUACAAUAAGUUCAUUAUUGGAAUACAUAAGGUUAAAAAUUUAAAUAAUUUCAGUGUGGUAGUAUUUAAAAAGGUCAAGUCUUUGUGAAAAGGUAUGUAUCUUAUUUGUUGUGAGUUUAUGCAUCGGUUUUAUUCUUUGAACAGUGAUGUGAAUGCACAGUUCAUUUUGUGCACCAGUAAAACAUAUAUAUGUCUUGAAUUUGAAAAAAAUUAUAUUUUAUUUUUCAAUAAAGAAGGGUUCGGUAAAUGUGCAUACGAAACUGGUGGGGUUCAGUACCUCCAAAAAGGUUAAGAACCACUGGACUAGUAUCAAUGUCAGAGUCAGUGUUCUAGCUGCUCUUAAAUUCCUAGUGUGUCUAACUUCACAGUCAUUCAUGCUUUAUACAAACUCUACAAAGGAACAGUUGAAAAUUCCAUUUGUCUUACACUGCUGGGAAACAGUGCUUACUGCCAUAAUUUUUAAAAAACAAUUGUUUUUAAACUGCACUUUGCAUAAUUAAACAACAAUUAAACAAAUAAUUUCAAUAAGGAGAAUAACAAGGGUGUAAUGUGUUUUGUAUUUCGUAAUUUUUUUUCUCUUAACCUAACAAGUUAUGUGCCACACCUGUGCCACUUACUACUGAUGCAUAUUAAAAAAGUUAUGCAGUAUGAUCUGUGCACGUAAUCUGUUUAUUAACCACUAGAGGGAGCUAAAUCAUGGAAAAUAAAAUGCUGAUUUCCUUCACAAAUAACUUGGUUGAACCAAAGCUUUUUAAAGCACCAUGACCUUAACUCAAAAAAUAAUAAUAAUAAUAAAUGCCUAUACC